GGACUCGGGUCACCAUGGCAACGCGGCGGGACCGGAGGCUGCUCGUAGCAGGCGUUCUGGUGCACGGCUUGUGGAAUUUUAGUUCCCCGACCAGGGCUUGAACCCAGGUCCUUGGCAGUGAAAGCACGGAGUCCUAACCACUGGACCGCCAAGGAAUUCCCAAGUCCUUAUUGAUUUUAAGUUUUGCUGCCGACAUGCUGCCCCCGCCCACAGAGCAGGCCCUGAAUGCCCUGCUGGCUCGCAAGGAGGAGGAGUGGCGAGCACUGCAGGCCCAGCACUCCCAGAUGCAGGAGGCAGCCCUGCAGGACGCUCAGCGCCAGCUGGAGGAGGCGCAGGGGAAGCUGCGACGCCUGCGGGAGGACUUCGUCUACAACCUGCAGGUGCUGGAGGAGCGGGACCGGGAGCUGGAGCGCUACGAUGCUGCGUUUGCCCAGGCCCGUGGGCUGGAGGAGGCCAGGCAGGCCGAGGUGAGCGAGCUCAAGAUCGAGGUGGCCAAGCUGAGGCAGGCGCUGGCCGGUGAGGCCCGGCGGGUGGAAGAUCUGCAGCAGCGGUCCCAGCAGAGGCUGCAGGAACACCGCCUGGAGCUGGAGCGGGUCCACAGUGACAGGAACGGUGAGCUGGACCAGCAGCGGGAGCAGUAUGGGAACCUGAAGUGGAAGCUGGAAAGGAGGCUGGAGGAGCUGGACAGCGAACUUGCCCUGCAGCGGCAGGAGCUGCUCCAGGAGUUUGAAUCUGAAAUGCAAAAGCGGGAGCACGCGUUCCGCCUGCAGGCUGACAGCAUGAGCAAUGUGGUCCUAGCACACGAGCUCAAGAUUAAACUGCUGAACAAAGAGCUCGUGGCCCUGAGGGAGGCCGGGGUGAAGGCUGCGGAGUCCCUGCAGAGCGCCGAGGCGGUGAAUGCGGAGCUGGAGGACAGGCUGCAGCGCAGAGACUGGGAGCUCAGGGACCUGGCUGCCGUGAGGGACGCCCGGAUAAAAGACUUAGAGGGUAAACUUCACUCUGUGCAGCUCACCAGGAAAAAAGAAGAGGAGACGUUUAGGAGGAAGCAUGAGGAGCUGGACCGUCUGGCCAGGGAGAGGGACACGGUGCUGAUGGCAGUGAAGAGCGCCCAUGCGGAGCAGCUGCAGGCGGUAGAGGCCAGGGCCCUGGAGCUGCAGGGGCACUGCGACAACCUCGAGGUGCAGCUCCGCAGGGCUGAGUGGAGGCAGGCGGACACCACCAAGGAGAAGGACGCCGCCAUUGACAAACUUCGGGAAGAUGCGUCAGCUCUAAAAUCCCGCUGGGAUGCCCAGAUUGCUCAACUUUCCAAGGAGAUGGUCUCCAAAGACCUUCAGGUUCAGUCGCUGCAGGAAGAAGAGGUGAAGCUGAAGGCACAGCUGGCCAGAUGCCAGCAGGACAUUGGAAGGUACAAGCAGCAGCUGUCUCUGGCCGUAGAGAGGGAGCAGAGCCUGGAGCGUGACAAGGUGCAGUUGGAGCUGGCCUGGCAGCGCCGCUGCGAGGGUGUCGAGCGGGAGCAGUACCAGCGGGCUGAGGACUUGAUUCAGGGCCUGACCGCGGCCAGAGACCAGGUUGCGGCCAAGCUGCAGGAGACAGAGCGGGUGCUGUGUGGCCAGGAGGUGGUGCUGAAGGCCGUGACCCGAGAGAGAGACCAGGCUGUGCAGGCGCUGGGGACACGCGGACUCCACCCUGAGGAGGAGGCGCAGAUGCUUCUAAGGCAUCAAGAAGAAGAAACAAGUAAAAGUUUUCCAUCUACUGUGAUCCAGCAGCUACAAGAGCAGAACACAAGCUUGCGAAAUGUUAUUGCACAGAUGAGGAAAGAAAUGGAAACUCUAAGCGAUCAGAUUCUUCCUUCUGCCCAGUUAGGAGGGGAGACCUCACAAACAAACCAGCCUGACCCAAAGGCAGCUGCUGAUUCAGCUGUACCUGAUUAUGUUCUGGCCCUUGAAGCAGAAAUGCGAACUCUAAAGCAUAAAUUUAAAACAUUGGAGGAACAACUAGAAGAUGUGUUAGAUCCUUCGAAGACGACCUCGUCCUGUGCUGGCGUUCAACCCAGUGUCCUGGCCUCCACAGACACCACCGGAGGAGCUGUGCCGGUCGAUGGUCCAUCCACGGGACUGGCGCUCAGGAGGCUUGGAGACAGGGCACAUCUCCUGAGCUUCCUGGUGGCACAGCUCAGACAGAAGGUGCUGCGGGAACCCCUGGACAUGGACACCAUCCAGCGAGAGCUUCCCCACGAGCUGGACCAGGUGCACCUGGAGGUUUUGCAGCUGCGGAAGCAGGUGGCUGAGAUUGAGAAGCAUCUCAGGUCAGCCCGGAAGGAAGGCAGGGAUGCUUCAGGCAGGCAGCAACCGCAUGCCUCAGACACCGAGGCUGUCGGGGGAGAGGGCCCGGCACAUGGAGGACCCGCAAGGACCGAGGACCAGGAGGCACAGCCCCCUCAGGCCCUGUCUGUGCCCCGACUCCAGAGGAAGCUCAAGGAGGCAGCCAGGAAAAUCCUGCGGCUGCGCCUGGAGAAGGAGCAGCUCCUGGAGCUGGGGAACCGGCUGCGUGCGGAGCUGGGCCACCUCACUGGGAAGCCACCUCAUCACCCCCUUCCUACCCCUGAGGCCCAGGGCUCAGGUGAGGCACCUGAUGCACGCUUGGGACCAUUGCAACCCCGUCUCACAACUCAGGACUCUAAGAAUGCCAAGAAAGAAUGUUUCUCCGAACGCUCAGGAAAGAGCCAAGCCCGCUUGGCACAGACAGUCUGCAGAAGGGAUGCUGAGCCAGGCUGCAGAGCGGGGCCAGGGCUGAGGCAACACAGAAUCUCCACAGUGACUUGCAGGUCAGCUCCUCAGAAAGAAAACCAGUCCCCAAAGCCACGCCUGGCUCAAGAAUUCCAGGAGGAAAAUGGCCACCACACCCAAAGUUCCUCUUCACCUGCCAGCAGUUCCCUCCAGGACACAUGGAAGUUACUGGACCUGGGAUCCAGCCCUUCUGGCCUCGCCUCCCAGGACGACUCGCCUCCAGAGCACCCAGCACCUCCAGCAGCCUACAGCCUCCAACACCCCAAGGGAAGCCCCGUGGCGCCAUGGGCGGCCUUUGCCGUCGAAGGGAUGAAGAUGAAAGCCCAAGCAAGGGGCAAGCCUGCCAGACACCCCAGGGCUCAUCCUGCAAAACCUAAAGGCUGCCAGCGGCCCCCCAAGAUUCGUAACUACAACUCCAAGGACUGACCUCCUCGAACCACCCCUCCCCGCCCCUCCUCCUCCCCACCCCUCCCCCUCCCUCCCCACCCCUUCCCCUCCCUCCCCUCCCACCCUCCCUUCCCCCUCCCCUCCCCUUCUUCUCAUCCACUCCUCCCUCCCCCCCCACCCUUCCCCCUCCCCCUCCCCCUUCUUCUCAUCCCCUCCUUCCUCCUCUUCCCCCUUCCCCCCUCCCCUUUUCCCCUUCCUCCUCCCUUCCAAUCCAUCUCUCGGUCUCUUCCCCCUCCUCCUCCUUGGUGGCUUUAUCUCCAUAUCAGUGGUAUGUGUGUGUGUGUGUGUGUGUGUGUGGGUGUGUGCGCACGCGCAUGGGUGGGAACAGUGAACUGAAGAGCAGCCUCCCCAGUGCUGCUAAGGCACCUCAUGGACUGAUCGCAGAGCCCCGAAUUGUUCUUUUAACUUGGGAAGACAGUAAAAGAUUUCCUGGGCUUUGCAUGUGUGGCUCUCGUGGCCAGGUUUCUUGUGAUUCAAAGGUUCGACUGUGAGUGCUUUUGGCAUCAUUACACAUGCUACUCCGUUUAUAUUUUAGUGUAAAAUAGAGAGCCAGUUACAGUCCUG